AUGGUCUUUACUACCCCUGCCUUCACUCGUCUGAUAUCAUCGAACUGGAAACUCCCAACGCUUCGAAAAUUCAUCCAGUGGUCGCCGGCCGUUACCCCUAUAUCCGGCAUCGCGACGCCAGCCGCUGAGAAAAAUGUGCAGCCGGUGCGAUCGAAGUGGCCUCCCUUUUAUUUCGACACCGGCUACUCCAUAAUCCCCAAGCGGCCGUCGCGGCCCUUCCCACCGCCAUUUCUAUCGCCGCCGUCAACGUCGUUUUCGGAUGCGUUGACGACGCAUGAUCGUGGUCGCGAUAGGAGGCCGUCGGUAAACGGAGAGCCUCUUCGUGGACUCACAAACGGAGACGAUGCCAUCCUCUGUGCUCCGAACUUCCUGGGCGUUAAUGACGGUGUCGGAGCUUGGGCGUCGAAGCCUCAGGGCCAUGCUGCCUUGUGGUCCAGGUUGAUACUCCACUACUGGGCCUUGGAGGUUGAGAAUCGUCUCACUGGGUCUCCUAAACCUGAUCUGAUCGAGUGCCUUCAACGCGCAUACGAAGAGACCGUCGAGGCAACCUCAUCGCCCAACGAGUUUCUGGGGACUACCACCACUGCAACUGCGCUCCUGAGUUACAAGAUCAUAGGAGAAACGCCCACCCCGUUCCUGCACGUUACAAAUCUAGGCGACUGCCAGACGCUGGUUAUCCGCCCAAGAGAGAGACGCGUUGUGUUCAGAACCGAGGGCCAGUGGCACUGGUUCGACUGUCCCAUGCAACUAGGCACGAAUAGUGUCGACAGACCUCGGGAAAACGCUGCGUUGUCGGUACUCGAGAUCGAGGAAAAUGACAUCGUGCUAGUCAUGUCCGAUGGGGUCACGGAUAACCUGUGGGAGCAGGACGUGCUUGAAGUCGUCCUCAAGAGCCUGGAGAAGUGGGAGAUAUGCAAGCAGAAACGGGCGACGGCCGAGUAUCUCGAAGGUCGCGGAGGGAGGAUGGUAUACGUCGCUGAGCAGCUGUUGACUACUGCCAGGGCGGUUGCCAUGGAUCCGGCUGCGCAGACUCCGUAUAUGGAGAAGGCGCAGGAUGAAGGGUUAUCGGUCAAUGGAGGCAAAAUGGACGAUAUCAGCGUCGUUGCCGGUCGUGUUGUCCGUAGCAGGAGAGAAGAGAAGAAUACCGCAGAUAUGAGGGCGAAGCGAUCAAAGAAGUACCGGAAGCUCAUGCACCAGUAUGAGCUCACGUUCGGGUUCCGCGAGCCAUAUCAGGUCCUGGUCGUCACAAAAUGCUCUCUAGCAGCCAUGAUGGCCGUCAUGGCCUCACAAACCGCAAAACAAGAAACAACCCAUUCCCACCAUCCUCAACGCCAAUUCCGACCUCCACAGCUUCCCCCGCCCACCAUAUUACCGCUACGAUACUGCUCGCACAACGCAGAGAGCACGCCCAUUGACGAAGCGGAAUGUCUGCUUUCGUUACUAUCACCUAGCGCGGACGCAAAGAAGAAGAAUAAAGAGCAUUACAUAUUGGCUACGGCGGAUCCUGAGCCGGUGGCGCCUACGCAGCAGGAGCAGAAGCGCAAACGGCCGCAUUGGAUGCAGGCGCAGGAGGUACCGCAGCAACACGCACAGCCUCAGGGGCAGAGAUAUAACCUGCGACGGGACGCGAGACAGAUACCUGGCGUGCCGAUUAUAUAUGUCAAGCGAUCUGUGAUGAUUCUGGAGCCUAUGAGUGAGCCGUCUAGUGGUAUACGGGAAGGAUUCGAGAGGGGGAAACUUCGUAGUGGGUUUGUAGAGGCAGCUACGGUUACGGGGAAGAGGAAGAGGGGUGUAAAUGGGGAGGGAGAUACGGGUGCUGACGAGGGUGGUGAUGGGGAGGGCGAGUGGGUGGAAGUUAAGAGGAAGAAGGUCAGGGGAGUGAACCCAUUGAGUGCGAAGAAGCCCAAGAAGAAAGAAAGUCGACCGGCCGGGAAGCCGGAGAAGAGGAUAAAAACGGGAGACGGCGACGGCGAUGUUGAUGUUGAUGCCGAGAAGAAAGAAGAGACAGGCGAGCAUACGAAAUCGAAGAGGAAACGAAGACAUAAAAAGAAGGCUGGCGGGGAGGAGAAUGACGCAGAUACCCCUAUCGUGGAGGCAGAAACAUAG